AUGAGUGAUUGGUAUAAUGAGAUACAUUGGGUGUGCAGUGCUGAUGACAAUGACGUGUUGGUGAUAGUGGAAAUGAUAGUGAUGAUAAUGAUAACGAUGAUGAGACGCUUGAUAAGAAGUGUUAAUGAUAAUGACAGUUAUACUCUUUAUGUAUCAAUUGGCGAAAAUAACAUUGGUAGCGAUGAAAUUAUGACUUUGAUAGCGUGA